AUGAUUCAGGGCGGCGAUAUUAUGAAUGGUGACGGCACCGGGCGGGUCUCAAUCUACGGAAAAACAUUCCCAGACGAAAACUUUCGGAUCAAGCAUGACAAGCCUUACUUCCUCUCGAUGGCGAACAGCGGCCCGAACUCGAACGGCUGUCAGUUCUUCAUCACCUGUGUUCCGUGCCCGCAUCUUGACGAAAAACACGUGGUGUUUGGCAGACUGAUCACUGGACAAAAAAUUAUCGCGAGGAUCGAAAAUGCUUCUGUUGACAAUAAAAGCAAACCGCUGGUCGAUGUUUUAAUCACAAACUGCGGCGAAUUCAAGCCAGAGGAGAAGGCCAAGAAAAAGAGUGAGGAGGAAGUGGAGCAAGAAAACAAGGAAGGCGCGGCAUCAACGAUGAAGGCCUCGGAUAUUCCGGAUUUUCCUGCGGAGAGGAACUUUCUCUAUCGCCACAGCAAGACACCGGAAAGGAAGCCAAAAGAUGAUGAGAAGGAUGGCAAGGAGAAAAAGAAGAAACGCGCCAAUUCUCGCGAGAGGCGAGAUCGCCAUCGCGAUCGCAGCCGUUCCCGCGAUCGUCGUAAUCGAAGCCGUUCGCGAGAUCGUCGUGAUGACCGACGUGAUUCACGACGAAGGAGCUCACGUUCACGCUCACCUUGGCGUUCGCACAGAAGCGGCGGUCGCGGUGACCGGGGCCAGGUCAAAGGCCGUGGUCCAAUCAUGCUGUUCUCCGCGCUGCGCGGAGAGGAACCAUUGCGCUGGAAAAAUGCCACGAGCCGGACCGAGAAAUUCAGCGAUUACAUGAAGCGUGAAGAGGCUAAGAAGGAAAAGACCGAUGAG